AUGGCUGAACACGAUCCAACGUGUCUGCCGUUUAUUAUAUAUUUUAUGAGGGAGAAAUACUUCAGACAAGCCAUAGAUACAGCGGCGAAGGGUUUAAAACUAUUCAACAAUGACCCAGUGCUUCGGUUCUUCAAAGCUUUUGGAACUUUAAUGGAAGGUCACACACAGGAGGCCCUGAGAGAGCUCAUCCAGUUGAAAGAUCUUCCUCAUCUCUCGCUCUGUUCAACUAUUGCUCUCAUUUAUGCUCGCAGACAAUGUGAAAGUAUCGAUCGAGAGGCUGUAGAUGAGCUGACCUCUGACCUGAAGCUGUUUGGGUCAUCAGCAGGUGACAGAGCGUUUUAUUAUGCCGCGCUGCUGUACUGGAUUCUGAACCGGAAUCAGAAAGCCAAAACAUGCAUCAAUAAAAUGCUGAAGCUCUGUAAUACAUCACCACAGGGGCUCAUUCUUAAGGGCUGGAUUCUGCUGACCUCUGAAACCGAAGAGAACAGACCUCAGGCCAUACGAUAUUUUGACAACGGUAUUCAGGACUCAGAAAAUGUUUUUGGACUCAUGGGAAAGAUUGAGUUCUUCAUGGCCAAACAGAAUGAGGCAUGUGCUCUUGACAUAGCCAAUCGGAUCAUAGUUUGUCAUCCAGACUUCACGCCAGCGCAAACGAUGAAGAUGAAGGCAUUCAUGUCUCUGCGAGACUGGGAGCAAACGGAAGAGGUCGCCCAGAGAAUUUUGGAGAGAGAUGAACAUGAUCUGAAAGCUCUGCAAAUGAUGACAGUCAUUGCUGUGGCUAAAGAUGGAAAUAUGGGACUGGUAAAAGAGCGACUUCAGGCUUUAAUGAAGGCAGUUGAACUCUCUGAACCCGAUUAUCCAAACCUCCAUGUGGAGAUUACAGCACCGAUCAGCCGACUGGUGCGAGAUGGACUCCAGUUCAAUCUGCUCAAAGCUCGUGCUCUGAUGAGGUCUGGGGAUCUGAAGAGCGCCAUCCAGUGCCUGAGCAUUGCCAUGAACAUGCCAGGGGUCCGAAGGCCCUUAGAGGGGCCACAGUCUUCAGUCUCCACUGGUGAGCGAGUGUCUGUGUUCCUGGAGCUCGCAGAGGCCCGGAGACUCAAUGGAGAACAGCAUGAAGCUUCUAAAGUUCUGCAAGACGCCAUUCUGAGCUUUAAAGGAACUCCGGAGGAAUCACGCGUCAUGCUGGCUGAUGUCGAUCUGGCUUUAGUGAGAGAUGAUGUGGACACUGCUGUAGUCAUUCUGCAAAACAUUCUGCCUAAUGAAUCGACAUACAUUCAAGCCAGAGAGAAAAUGGCUCACAUUUACUUGGAGAGAAGAAGCAAUAAGAAACUUUACGUUGCAUGUUACAGAGAAAUAAAUGAGCAGGUACCUGGACCUUAUACUAGUAUCUUGCUGGCUGAUGCCUUUAUGAAGAUAAACCAGCCAGAGGAAGCCGUCAAGAUUUACCAAGAAGCAGAGAUGUCUACCAAAGACACCACAUUAGCCAAGAAAAUAGGCCACGCUUUAGUAAAAGCCCAUGAAUAUGACAAGGCUGUGAGCUACUAUGAAACGGCUCUGAAGGCCGAUGUGCAGGACUUUGUCUUGAGUGUGGAACUGGCCGAACUUCUCCUCAAGCUUAAAAGAUUUAAGGAAGCUCAGCGUGUUCUAGAGGAGGCCCUGGAACAUGAACACACUGCUGCAUUGACAAUCAUGAUGAAUGACGUGAAGGUUUUAAGAGUGCUAGCGAGAGUGUUGCAUGCUAGGAAUGAGUCUGCUCAGACCAUCGUGCAAAAGGCUCAUGAUCUCCAGAAGAAGAUUGUUAGUUGCAUUACAAACGAGCAGCCAGCAGAAUCAGAGGAACAGAGGAAGUUGCUGGCGGUCAUCUGCUGUGACUGCGCUCAGGAGUUUCACCUUCGCAACAACCUGGAGAUGGCCAAACAACUCUAUACAGAUGCCUUGAAUUACAGCCCAGACAAUGAGGAGAUAACCUUACAUCUUGCUCAGUUAUAUUUUAAGCAUCAGAAACUGGACUAUUGUGAAGAGCAAUGUCUGAGGAUACUGCAACUCCACCAAAACCACACCGAUGCAUCAAUGCUGUUGGGCGAUACAUUGUUUUGGAAGAACCAGAGAGAAGAAGCAGUCCAGACUUAUGCCAAUAUUUUGGAGCGAUACCCAGACAACUUUCACGCCAUGGCCCGGUUUCUGCAUAUUCUACGCAGAGUGGGGAAACUAGACGACAUCCAAUCUGUUUUUGCAGCGUGUGAAAAGUUUUGUCCACUGACGGUCAGAGAGCCGGGUUUUAAUUACUGCAAGGGUCUUUACUUCUGGCAUACCUACCAGGUGACUGAGGCCUUGACACAUCUGAACAAGGCCAGAGGAGAUACAAAGUGGGGUGAGAGGGCUGUAGAACUGAUGGUCCAGAUCUGUCUGAACCCAGACAAAGAGAUUUUUGGAGGAGAGGCUUUAGAUAAAGGUCCAAAGGACCUGAUCAGUGAUUCAGAGAAUCAGACGGGCAUUAAUACAGCUCACAAUCUACUGAAGAUGUUCCAUCCACGAUCUACAGCUGAACAGAAUAAAGUCAAGCUGCUGUUUAACCUCUGUCUGAUCUACAGCAAAGAAACAAAACAGGUGGAGAAAGCUGUGCUGGAGCUCACUGACAUGCUUUCCAAGAAUGUAAUGUUGGAGGCGUCGUUGCUUGUAGCAGCUCAAGGUCUCAUUCAGCUGAAGCAGAUUCCCAGAGCCAGGAACUUCCUGAAACGCCUCACUAAGAUGGAGUGGAACGAUGCAAACACUGAUCACUUGGAGAAUGCGAGCCUGCUAUUAGCUGACAUGUAUAUAAAGAUGGGAAAAUACCCACAAGUGGACAAACUACUGGACAUCUGUACACGACAAAACAAGUCGUGUAGUAAAGCGUAUGAGUAUCAGGGCUUUAUGAUGGAGAAUGAGCAGAGAUUCAGUGAUGCUGCACUACAGUAUGAACUCGCCUGGAAAUACAGCAACAGAGUAGAUCCUGCAAUCGGAUUUCGUCUUGCCUUUAAUCAUCUGAAGUGCAAGAAUUACACGCAGGCUAUCGAUGUUUGUCAUCAGGUUCUGCAGCAUUAUCCAGACUAUCCUCAGAUCCAGACUGAAGUUCUGACCCGAGCUCAGAUCUCUCUCCGACCGUGAGCUACACUGAUGCGUUCCAUUUUCCCUCCUAAUAGACUUGUAUUGUCAAUGAGAGAGAUGUUGUAUAGAAAGACCAUAUUCAAAUCCAAAUAUGUGUUUGUGUUUUAAUGGUUUUAUAAACAUUGUUAGGUCCUCCCGGACGAGCCCCGACUUGUUAUGUUUUGAUCUCUUUUGUUAGUCUAGAUGUUAAGGACCAAAGUAACAAAAGUGGAGAGAGAGCACUGGGAUGUAACAACAUGUAUCGUUGAAAAUACCUGAUGUUGAACGACAUGUAAUCUGUUCAAGCACAUUUUUUAUGUUUAAUACGCUGAUCUGAUGUCAGUGCAAUUGCUGUAGUAGCACAAAUAUAUGUUUAUUCAGUUGUGACGUCAUUUAAAGUAAAUGUUAAGUUAAUGUUAAGUGAACUUGGUUUGGAUACACAGCCUUUUAAAAUAGUCUAAAAGUGCUAUUUAAAUG